AUGAAAGUAAUUUAUUUUGCUUCGCAUUAAAUUUCAAGUACUAUUAUUCUGUAGGGAAUAAAUGUAUUAUGCUGGUUAUAUUGGUAUGCAUGUUUAAUUUUUUUGAAAUAAAUUAUAUAUUACAUGUAUAUGUAUAUGUAUUAUUUUUCUUCAUUUUUCUUUAUUAGUAAUAUUUAUACUUUGAAGAAUAAAAGUAGUAAUAAUUACCAGUUAGUGUUUCUAAGAGAUUUUUUUAAAAAUAUUAAAUCUCAACAAUGGUAUCACAAUUUAUCAUCUUUCAAAUCAUAAAAAUAAAAUAUUUUUUUACAAACAAUUGCAAUACAAUUCUAUUCUAUUCUAUUUAGUAUUCUAUACAGAUACUAAAUUGUAUAUUGUAAAAAAAUGUUAAUAAAAAUAUUAUAUCUUCUACUUUGGUUAUUCAAAACUUAUUACCUUUCUUUUAAUGAUAUAUUCUUAUUAUAUUAGUAUUAAAAAUUUUACAGAAUUGUUUUUUUAUAUUCAGUACAAUUAACUGAUAAAAAGAAUUAAUAAAAAGAGCUUAAUUUUCUAUUACAAUAACGUAUCUGUGAGUUCUGAACGGCAACCAUGAGACUGACUCAUUCUAGAAGUAAUUUAAGUAGGAUGACAAAUGCUAACGUUGUAAUUUUAUGUUACAACUAUUUUUCUAAAUCAUCAUUUCUCGAAAAAGAUUUUCCAAAGUAUUUUAUAUUGCUAUUUUGCUUAUAACAAAAUAAAAUAUUAAGAUUAAAUAUUUAAUUAUUCGAUUUACCGCAUUUAAUGAAUUAUAAUUAACAAAUAUUAUUUAUUAGUUCAGUUAUUAUUAUUACUAAAUUUAGUUGUAAUAUAUAUUUACAUUAUCAAUCAAAUAAUAAUCGCAAUUUAAACGAUUUGAAUAAAUAUAUAUUCGUUUUUAAAUACAUAAAUAUUAAUAUUGAUUCUAUAUCUCGAAGUUUUCAUAUGCAUAAAAGUAAUUGUUAAAAAUUUAUUAAAGUUGUAAAAAUAGUAGUACAAGAAAUUGUGCACAUUUAUACAAUCUGUAUUGUAUUUAGUACAUCUUAAAGUUGAGGAUACAUCAUAGCAAUACAUCCUUAAAUGAUCUGUAAAAUGAAAUUUUCUCCUAAUUAUAAAUAGUCAAUAAAAUAGUUAUUAAAGUAGUCUUUGUUUAAGUAAAGUGUUGUGAUAAUAUUAACCAUGUAUAUUUCUUGAACGAUUGAUAAGUGUAUUUCCACAAAAAAACAUACAUUUAGACAAAUCAAAAAACAUCACACUACGUCCCAUUUGGUGGUGGUAGCAUUCCUAUCAGUUCGUGUCCGCCUAUAUAAGUUCAAUGGUCAGUGGUCAUUGGUCAUUUAACGUUUGUAUUUAUGCCAAACAUUUAUGUGAGACGAAUGUAGUAUAUGUUACAAAAAAUUUUACUGCUACGGUCAUUUGUUAUUGUUUUAGUUGAUCUGGAACAUUUAAAAAUCUACUUUGGAAAUCAUUUUUAGUAAGUAGAAUGUAACUAUUUAGAUUUUUUUAAAUAUUCUAUUUCUUUACAAUAUUCUUGAGUUUCUCUUUUUGUUUGGAUAUUUAGUUAGUCAACAAUUAAUUAUUGUGAAUAUAUUGAUUUAAUAAUUUUAUUUUAAUAAUUAUUUUAAAAUUAAAUAUCUUUUCAUUAAUAAACCCCAUUUACAUUUUAAAUAUUUAGAAAAAUACGGUUCUCUAAUAUCAUAAUCUAUUUAUUUAUAUAAAUUAAAUUGUUCUAAAUAAUAUUUUUAAUUAUUUUAUUUUUUGUAUAAUUUUUUUUUCAAAUUUUGAAUUAUAAAUUAUGCUAAGAUUAUUUUGUGAUAAGAAUGAUUGAUAAAUAAUUGUUUUUAGAUAAUAUAUCUUAUCUCUUAAAAUUAAAUUAUUAUUUAUAAUAACAUAAUCAGUAAUAUACUUCAUUUCAAUCACAAUGUUAUCGAAAGUACAAAAAUAUCUAAUCAAUAUCUUGAUUGUUCACAUUAUAGGAGUACAAAAAUGAAUAUUUUUGCAACCACUUUUACAUUAAUAGUGUUAGGUACUUCUUACAUUGAAGCAGUAGCGUCUCCAACAUUUAGUAAUACUUACACAGUAAAGGGAACCUUAUACAUUCCAUAUGCUGAAAUCCGGGAACCGUUUUAUGCAUGGUAUGAUGGCAAAGGUGGAUCCAGUAGAAUUGAUUACUAUGGAGGAAUGGUGAAGACUUUCCAAUUAGCACAUAAAGGAUCAUAUGGAAAAAGCUUAAAAAUUGCUCCAAUAACUACAGAAUCUGUUCUUAAUGAACAAACAUGCCUUGAAGUAAAUGGUACUAAAGAAUUUAAAAUUCAACCUCAAAUUAUUAUUCCGGAUACAACUGGAAUGGAGUGUAUUGGAGAAGAAAUGAUUAAUGGUUUAUUAUGUGAGAAAUGGAGGCUGGAACAACAAGUUGAUGAAAAAUUGAACAAGUAUACUCUUUGGAUAAGAUAUAAGAAAUCUCCACAUGUACCUAAUUAUAAAGAACCAAUUCCUGUUAGAUAUGAAAUGAGAGGAUUUAACAGCCUUUUGGGCUCUCACUAUGAUCAUUACUACUUAGAUUAUGAUUGGUAUUCUUCUGAAACACCUAGCUCAGAAGUGUUUGAAAUCACAACAAACAUGACAUGCAUUAGUUUCCCUGGACCUGGAGACAAGCAUAUAUAUACAUUUAAUCCCAUGCGUGAAUUUAUUCACAAUUAUGAUUCUCAUGUAAAUGAAGCAUUUGAAGAUUUCAAGAAAACUCAUAGCAAGGAAUAUACAGACCAUGUAGAUCAAUUAAUACGUAAAGAAAUAUUUAGACAAAAUUUAAGAUUUAUUCAUUCGACUAAUCGAGCUGUUAAAGGCUAUCAGUUAGGCGUUAACCAUUUGGUAGAUCGUACUGAGUUAGAAUUGAAAGCUUUACGUGGCAAACAAUAUACUGCAGGUCACAAGGGAGGACAACCUUUUCCAUACAAUGCUGAAGAAGAAGUAACCAAAAUUCCAGAUAGUUUAGAUUGGAGACUCUAUGGUGCUGUUACUCCUGCACUUAUUGAUUGUUCAUGGGGCUUUGGAAACAAUGGCUGUGAUGGUGGUGAAGAUUUUAGAUCAUAUCAGUGGAUUAUGAAGCAUGGAGGUUUACCUACUGAAGACGAUUAUGGCGGUUAUCUUGGUCAAGAUGGUUAUUGUCACAUAGAUAAUACUACACUAACAGCCAAAAUUACAGGCUAUGUGAAUGUUGCACCAAACGAUCCUAAUGCUUUAAAAGUUGCUAUUGCGAAACAUGGUCCAAUUUCUGUUGCAAUUGACGCAUCUCAUAAAACAUUUUCAUUUUAUUCCCAUGGUGUAUAUUACGAUUCUGUUUGUGGUAAUACGGAAGAGAGUCUAGAUCAUGCAGUUUUAGCUGUAGGUUAUGGUACAUUAAAUGGAAAAGAUUAUUGGUUGGUCAAAAAUUCAUGGUCAAAUUACUGGGGUAAUGAUGGUUAUAUUCUUAUGUCUCAGGAAAAAAAUAAUUGUGGUGUAUUAACAGCUCCAACAUACGUUACUAUGUAAAACAAAUAAAUAAUACUAUAUUCAUGUUUUUAAUAUAAAUGUAUAGGAAAAGAGGCUGUUGAAAAUCGAAGAUAUACAUAUUUCUUUUUUAAGAAAUUAAUGAUAGAAAUCAUAGAAAUAACUGUUUAAAAAAAAAUCGUUGAAAUUGUAUUUGAUGGGUUAAAUAAAUAAUACAUAAUUAUAAAACUUAUGAAAACUAGCACUGUAUAAACAUAAACAAAAUGACUUUUAUUAAAAAGCUUUAGUAUGUAAAAGUGGUUUUAUAAUUUUGGUUUUGUUUGUUAUUGUUACUAAAAAUAUUUGUAUAACAAAAAAUACACAAAUGCCAUGUUUUCGACUAAAAUCUAUACAAUAUAAAAACAAAUUACGUAGUAAUUGCAAUUUGCUGAUUUCGCAAAGCAAUAUCAUUUACUCAGUAUAAAAAGCAUAAAUGAAUAUAAACAGCUAUGCAAUUAAACAAUGUCACGUUCUUAUUUUAACACAGAAAAUAGGCAUUGCUAUACAUGGAUAACUCUAUAACAUUGAUGUGUUGGAAAGCCUGAUGCUGGAAUUAUAAUAACAAUUACUUAUAAAAAUAUAUGUAAUUUCAGUAGGCACAGUUUGCGUAAUACAAUUUUUUAAAUCGUUAUAAAAUCAUACAUAUACUGAAAUAGUUAUAUAUGUAACUGUGCGUUCAAUACAACUAAAAAGAAUGUUACAUAAAUCAAAAUGAAAGUAUUCGAAAUAAAAAAUUUAUAUUACUAAUUAAAAAUUAAUAUUAUUUCGUAAUUUUCGAUCAUAUGUAGGUUUUUAUAUGAUAUUCCAUAUUUUCUAUAUUCAUCAAUCUGUUUUAACAGACAGAUCGACAUUUAUCAUGUGUGAUCGGUGUGAUAACAUAAUAUUGAUUUGACAUAAAAACAAAUUUGUCUGAAAAAAUUAAUCUUUUCAAGUAUAAAUAAUACAUAAAAAAAUUUGUUGUAAAUAUAUUUUUUAAAAAGUUACGUAUUCUUAAUGAAUUUCAUUGUUUAAUAUAGUCUUUAUCUUUUUGUCUUUCGUACGUAUAAAUCUAAUACACUAUUUCAUUCAACCAAAGUUCAUACUGUAUAACACUAAAAAAUAGUUUUAUUUAAAAACUUGUGCAAUUUUGUGCUAUUUAAUCGAUUAGUUAAAUUAUAUUUUUUGUUUUUACACGAUUUUAAGGAUAAAUUUCCAAUUGUCAUAUUACAAAGUAUUAGAAAAUUUUCGGUACUAUCUUCAUAAAUUUAAUUAAAGAAAAAUAAAUUUAUACAAAAACAACUUUUUUAAAAAUUGAUUUACGCAAAAUAUCUUUUGAUUUAAUUACUUUCUUUUUCACAAACAAAUGUGCUUUAAUUAAUUAAUAUAUAAUAUGUUUCAAAUCAUAUAAAUGAAUUUUAUAAUUAUUCAACGGCAUUAACUUUGGUUAUCAUUUGCUAAUCAUAUCUCUCUCUUAUGAAUUAUAAAUAUACGAUCUAAUCUCGUACACUUUGAAAAUAUUACUUAUAAAGUAUUCUCAUAAAAUUAUUUUCGUCAUUGAAAUUUCAUACACACAAGGUAUAAUAUAUUACUGAUUGAAGAUAAUUCGAGAUAAAUUGAAAUUUGAAGAAAGCUUUUAAACCACUCCAUGAUAUGAACAGUUCAAAAAUAUAGAUACCUAAAUAUUGUUAUUAAUAUUCAAUAUGUACGAAGAAAUAAAUGUUAAGGAUAUUUCAGUAUGAUAUUUCAGUCAAAUAUUUUUAUAUAAUAUAACUAACAAAACAAUGACUAUAUCUUUCACAAACUACUAUAUUAAAAAGUAUCUGUUUCAUCAUGCUUUAUUACAUUUACUGGGAUCAUGCUAUAAUUAAAUAAUUGGAUUAACCGUAUCACAAUAUUUAUAUAAAAUUCCCGUAAGGUUUCGAAAUAUACAUCGAUCAAGAUAUUAACUAAUGAACGUGUAACAUCAUCCUGCUUGUGAAUCUAAUUUUUUCGACCAUUUUAAUUUUAGACUAUUUUACAUUUGUAGAGCAAGAAACGUAA